AUGUCAGUUGUAGGUUUUUCAUUGGUGUCAUUUGGUGCUAAACAAAGAUACUUGGGAGAAGCAGCAAAAACUCAAGAAAUUUCAAAUUUUAAAAAUACAGUAGCUUCUUUAAAACGACUUGCUGGCCGUACUUAUCAAGACAAAGAACUUCAAGAGAUUGAAAAACAUUUCAUCAAUGCUGAUUUAGUUGACGCAAAAGGUCAAGUUGGUGUUAAGGUUCAAUACCUUGGAGAAGAAAAAAUUUUUUCUGCAACGCAAGUGAUUUCCAUGUAUUUUACAAAACUUAAGGAGAUCACAACAGCAGAAUUAAAAAUCCCUAUUUCUGAUGUUGUGAUUUCCGUGCCUGGUUGGUUUACUGAUGUACAACGUCGCAGCAUUCUUGAUGCAGCAGAAGUUGCAGGAUUAAAUUGUCUACGAUUAAUGAAUGAUACCACAGCGUCAGCUUUAGGUUACGGUAUUACCAAACCCGACUUACCAGAGGACAAACCUCGUAACGUGGUGAUAGUAGAUAUUGGUCAUUCCACCUACAGCGUGGCAAUUGUCGCAUUUAUCAAGGGUCAAUUAACUGUAAAGUCAACCGCGUACGAUAGGAAUUUCGGUGGUCGUAACUUUGAUCAGUUGUUGGUGGAUCAUUUUGCGGAAGUGUUUCGUGAAAAAUACAAGAUUGACGUCAAAUCCAACCAGCGUGCGCUUUUUAGACUUAGAACGGCUGCCGAAAAAUUAAAAAAGGUGUUGUCAGCAAAUCUUCAAGCGCCAAUUAGUGUCGAAUCGAUUAUGAAUGAUGUGGAUGUUCAAGCCAUUUAUUCGCGUCAAGAAUUCGAAGAGCUGUCUAAAGACUUGCUUGAACAAGUUAUUGCGCCACUUAAGCAAGCUUUGGAAGAUUCUGAACUUACAUUGGAUGAUAUUCACUCGGUAGAAGUUGUUGGCGGGUCGUCACGUAUUCCAGCAAUCAAGGAACGUAUUUCUAAAUUUUUUGGCAAAGAACUUAAUUUCACUUUGAAUCAGGACGAGGCAGUGGCACGUGGCUGUGCUUUCCAAUGCGCCAUGCUCUCCCCAGCAUUCAAAGUUCGCGAUUUCUCCAUACAGGAUAUUAACGCGCCGUAUCCUAUAAAGAUUAGCUGGGAAAAGAUUCCAGAAAUACCUGACGAAGAGUCAGAGCUGGUCGUUUUUCCGAAAUUCAAUCCAAUACCCUCUACAAAAAUUCUGACUUUCUUUAGGAAAGAGCCAUUCACCAUUGAGGCACAUUAUGCGGAACCAGAUAAUCUUCCACCCGGAAUAAACUCUUGGAUCGGCAGUGUUACCGUCAAGAAUGUACAACCGAUGAAAAAUGAUGACUUGAGUAUGGUCAAGGUUAAGGUCAGACUGAAUAUUCAUGGGGUGCUUAGUGUUGAAAGUGCAUAUCUUGCUGAGGAGGUGAUCAGAGAAGAGAAAGAAGAGCAGCCAACACCAAAGAAAGAAGAAUCAGAAGCUCAACAAAGUCAACAGCAACCUCCACAGUCACCACCAUCACAACCACAAGAUCAGUCACAACCACAACCAAUGGAUACAGAUACCAAACCAGAAGAAACUACCACACCCACACCCAAAACAACAACUAAAAAACUUAAAAAAGUAAUAAAGAAGGAUGAUUUACCCAUUGUAGCAGGACAUGGCGGAUUAGAUAAAUCGGUCAUUGUACAACUUAAAGAAUAUGAAGGGCAAAUGAUGGCAACCGAUAAACUUGUAGCAGACACAGAAACACAAAAGAAUGCACUCGAAGAGUAUGUGUAUGAUAUGCGCUCAAAGGUUGAAUCGAUAUAUUCAGAAUUUGUUAAUCCAUCAGAUAAAGACAAAUUCAUACAAUCGCUUAACGAGACGGAGAAUUGGCUUUAUGAUGAAGGGGAGGAUGCAACCAAAUCGGUGUACGUUGAGAAACUCGAGGGUUUAAAGAAGUAUGGAGGUCCGAUUGCUAGUAGGUACCGGGAAGCAGAGGAGUUGCCUAAUGCAGUGAAAUCGUUACGUGAUAAUAUAGAGUCAUUUAUGUUGAAUAGUAGUAAUAAUGAUGAAAAGUUCUCACAUAUUCCUGACGAAGAGAAAAAAGGCAUUUUUGAUAGAGCACAGAAAGCGUCAGAUUGGUUGAAUGAGAAGCUUGAGGCACAAUCUAAAGUUCCAAAACAUGAACAACCUAUUAUUUAUUCCCGUGAUAUUCUAAAAGAACGAGAGGUACAAACACCAAAAACAGAAACUAGUGGUGAUGAUACUAACAAUAAUGCCACCACUAAAGGAGAACAAACACCAGAAUCAACAACUUCAACUGAAGGAAAGAAAUUGGAUGCUGGUCAAGGUAAUAUGGAUGUUGAUUAG